CUGCAUGUCUUAAUACGGAAUUAAUAAAACCAUUUCAUAAGAAAAGAAAUCGAGAUUUUUUUUCUUCUUUUGCCUGUUUGACAAUAAAAGGAAAUUGGAAAAGAAAUGUUCCCCAUUUUGGCUGAAGAAGAGAGAUACAAAGCGAUGCUUUUAGGACAAGAUGGGAGGACACUAUUGUAAAUUGCAAUCUUAUAUUAAACAAAAGAUUUGUAAAGAUGCUUGACUAGUCGACUGACAAUUCAAAACAAAUAAACUAAUUGUUUCUUGAAAAUAUUCCGAGGACCAAUUCUAGCAAUAAAGACAGUGAAGGUUACUCUUCUUGCGAAAUGAGAUAAAAACUACCAAUAUCCAAAACUUCCAAGGCAAUGAUACCACGUGGCUUUUAACGGUUUAUUUUUUAAAUUGCUUUAUAGCCUUUCCACGAGCGGUUGCUUCUCUUCGCACAUUAUAUAUUUAUGUCGAGAGAUUUUGUUCUAAUCUCCAUUAGUUUAUAAGUACUCUUUGGCCAUAUAGUCCAUUUUAUCCUUUUUUCUGUUUUGCUUGGAAAAUAUGGCCCCCGCAUCACUAAAUGCUCGUUUCAAGCACUCGGUUACCCCCGACGCUUUGAGAUCAUAUCUUGCAGAGUUCAUCUCCACUUUCUUUUAUGUGUUUGCAGUCAUAGGAUCUGCCAUGGCUUCUCGAAAACUGAUGCCAGGAGCAGAUCCUUCCAGUCUAGUAGCAGUUGCCAUUGCCAAUGCUUUUGCACUUUCAUCGGUUGUGUACGUCGCUGCCAACAUCUCCGGUGGACACGUGAAUCCGGCAGUCACAUUUAGUCUUGCCGUCGGAGGCCACAUUAGUCUACCCACUGCUCUAUUCUACUGGAUUUCUCAGAUGUUAGCCUCCGUCAUGGCUUGCCUACUCUUGAGAGUAGCCACUGUUGGACAGAGUCUUCCUACCUACAUGAUUGCAGAAGAAAUGACAGGAUUUGGAGCGACGAUAAUUGAAGGUGUGCUAACAUUUGGUUUAGUGUACACAAUUUAUGCAGCCGGAGACCCUAGACGCAGUUUGCUGGGAGCCACUGGACCAUUGGCAAUUGGGCUCAUGGCAGGAGCCAACGUUUUGGCUGCAGGACCCUUCUCAGGUGGCUCAAUGAAUCCUGCAUGUGCAUUUGGAUCUGCAGUCAUUGCUGGAAGGUUCAAAAAUCAAGCAGUCUACUGGGUUGGACCCUUGAUUGGAGGCGCAGUUGCCGGGCUUCUUUAUGAUAAUGUAGUCUUCCCUAUUCAAGUUCCUGAUUCUAUUAGGGGAAUUUCAGAUAAUACUGGACUGUAAUUGCAAUUUCGUAGAGUGUUAUUCUGUAGGUUUCUCGUAUGUAAUUCUUUUUCAUUUAUCUCUUGUGACAUUUGCAAAUUCUAGUAGUCAACAUUUGUGUGAUAGGUUAACCACAAUGCUAUUG